AUGACGACGUGUCCUUCAACGGUUUCAUUCAUAUCGAGCACUUUUAGUACAAUAUCAAUAGUAAGUUGGAUAUUUGCUCAACUCCCACAAAUUAUAAAGAAUUACACCAAUAAAUCUUCUGAAGGUAUAUCUCCAGGUUUUUUGUUAUUAUGGUUUAUGGGUGAUUUCCUAAGUUUCACCAGUUGUUUAGUCAAUAUUGAUACAGUAUUAAAGUUCCAGUUGUAUAUUAGUGUAUUUUUUCUUUGUAAUGAUAUUGCUUUAUGUUUCCAAUACUAUCAUUAUAAUUAUGUUCAUACAAGGUACACUUCUGUUGAAAUGGAUGAAACUCAAAAUGAAAGGCGAGUAGAUGACAAUGACGGGGAAGAACUCCCGAAGACACCUAUGGAUAAUGAAGACGUUUCAUUAUAUCAGGGACAAGAUAUUCACAGGAUAAGUCAUGCACAGAAUAUAGAACAUAGUACUAGUGAAGAUUACGUAACGUCGUCUCCGAGUAGUUAUGACUCAACUAAUGAAGAGGGAGGUAGAAACAUUAGUACUAGUGGUAGUGGAAUUAUUAAAAAAUCUAUAGUUGGUACUAUGUUGCAAGCUGGAAAAGCUGUUGCGAUGCCACUUUCAAGCACGGCAACAACAGUUAUCACCUCGUCAGAUUCACAUGAUUCUUUAGGUUUAUUCUUAGCUUGGGGAGGCACUGUGCUAUAUUGUUUAUCAAGAUGUCCUCAAUUAUAUAAAAACUACAAACGAAAAUCUGUUGAAGGCAUUUCACCGUUGUUAUUUGGUGCUGCUUUAUUAGGAAAUCUCACUUAUACAUUAUCCAUCCUACUGAGCUGUGAAUUUUUUGAAGGUGGAGCAGUACAACAUGAAUUCAUAAUCAAAGAAUUACCUUAUAUUUUAGGUAGUUCAGGUACCGUUGUAUUUGAUAUUGCUUAUUUUGUUCAAAAGUAUAUGUAUAGCAAUAACUCCAGAACUACAAGGGGUACGAAUACUAUGGUUAUGGAGAGUUGGGAUGAUAUUGAGAGUCGCCAUUCAAAUAGAUCUUGA